UUAUUUAUCUUAAAUUGUUUUCCCUUUUUCUAUCAGAAUUUUUUAGCCAUUUCAAGAAACCCUUAUUUCCGUACUAAAACAAGGAAUAUUUUACACUCCUCUUCUUCCCUGCUCUGCUUUUAUAAUUAUUUAGCCUUCGGCUAUUUUUUUCAAAAGUGCAAAUUGAAAAAUGCCUCCCAAAUUAAUUCCUGCGCUCAGUUUUGUUGAAAAAGGGGCAGGCAAGGUCAGCUGAUUUGCGCUUCUUUUCAUCAAUCAAAUCAGUUGAUUGCUUUAAUUUCAGGCUUAUUGUAAAGAUCUUUGUUUUUUCAUUAGGCGCUACUGAAACGCAGUCUUGGACGGUGUUUCUGCAUUUCUUCUACCUAGAAAUGGCUAGAAACUAGAAGGCACAAAAAACAACUUCUAUUAGUGGAGAAUCCAACAUUUCAGACACGGGUCAGGAGGUUGAGAAAAAUUCGGCAGGAGAGGCCAGCCCUUCCAGUCCUUUAUGUUCAGAGCAAGUGCGGGAUUCGCAAAACAAGGAAAUCAGAGAGAGCAAAUCGCUGCCGGUCGGUCUGAAUCCUGCUUUGAAAUUUUGGAGAGCGUUUUGUCAUAUUCUACAAUCAAUUUCUCUAGGCGUUCUUAACACAUCCAGGACAGGCUUAACCCCUGCGGACCCCUAACUCCGCACUCCGGGCUAACCCCCCUUUUUCUGCCCCUCCCGGCUGGAGGAUCGGGUUCUGAGGGACCGGCGACAAAAACAUUUGCCCGGCGGGGGCGGAGGGACCCUGCCAAGCUGUAAGGCCUGGGACGGCUUUGAUCCCUUCCUCUGAAAGGUGGGAGAGAUCAGUGGAUAGAUUCAAGGGAUUCUCGCCAGGUCCGCUUCCGAAGGAGCUGCUGCCUUCUACGAACGCCUGUGCCUGCCCGAGGUUUUCACCCGAGGCCUUCGAGUCCCUGCCAGGAAGGGGAGGCUGCAAUUAAGACAUGAAUUUCCGCGGGGGGGGGCGGGGGCGGGCAAGAGCCUCUUCGCCCUCCUCCCCAAACCAAAGACAAGGAUUACCCUUCCUUUUCGGGCCUAGGUUUGGCUCCAAAUGUUCGCAUCGAGAUCGCUCCCGCCAUGCAAUAUCGGAGGAGAUGCGCGGAAGGGGCCUUUCCUGCGCUCCCGAAAAGGGGUUUCGUUUUGAAACAGGAAAGAAUUGUAGUCUUCAGUGGGGUGCUUUGCAGACGGGAGCGGGCUCCGGAGAGGCGCACCAGGGACCUUCUUUCCCUUUCUCCUGACGCCCGAAGGCCUCCACACCAGGAGCGCAGGAGUGCUGUGAUGGUGCUUUUUCUUUCUUGCCCAGGCCGGGACCAGUUUGGCGCCUUCGGGCCGCGCCCUCCGUCCAAAAAGCGGCGCAAGUCGCGCACGGCCUUCACCAACCACCAGAUCUACGAGCUGGAGAAGCGCUUCCUCUACCAGAAGUAUCUGUCUCCCGCCGACCGAGACCACAUCGCGGCGCAGCUGGGUCUGAGCAACGCGCAGGUGAUCACCUGGUUCCAGAACCGCCGCGCCAAACUGAAACGAGACCUGGAGGAGAUGAAGGCCGACGUGGAAUCGCUAAAGAAGUUGCCCCCCGCAGCCCUGAAGAAGCUGGCCAGCAUGCCCGAGCUGGAGCCCCCGGGAGUCUCCGGACCUGCUCGAGCCCGCGGGGGCAACCUCUCCCGGACGUCGCCCCCGCCCUCACCCAGCGCCUCACGUCACACCACGGACCCUUUCUCCGACGGCGAAGAAGAGGAGGAGGAGGAGGAAGAGAUCGACGUGGGAGACUGAGGGCCGCGCCCCAUUGCCCCUAUGGCCUCGGCUAUUUUAUUUGUGAGUUCGUGUCCUUCCUUGGGUGAGGCGCCACUGGGGCACCUGCGGAGCAGGAGAGCGGGUGACAUGCAGCAGAUGGCGGGCCGAGCUAGAGUAGCCGCUCGCGUCCUUUCGGAGCCGUGGUGAGGCUCGAGAGAUCUGAAGCCGGCAUCGCUGGGCCUGCAACCUGGCCUACCGAGACCGCCAUGAGACCCCUCCAGGAACUGAUGGCAACCCGGCCUUCUGCACCUCCGCCGCUGCUUCUCCCCCAUUUUUCGGUCGCGUGUGCUUGUACAUAUUUGGAAUAAAAGGACGUACUUGAUGCCAAACCCGCUUCCAGCAUUUGUGUGCUGACGGGGGAAGUCCGGGGGGGGGGAGCCGAAAAACUAGUUAAAGUUGAGGUGCUACAAGAGUCGUAGAAAUGGCAGAGGCCAGAAGCACGCCGUUGGGGAGUGGCUGGGGGAUAGGGGCCCGACUCUUUCUUGGUGUUGGUAGAGGAAAGGUCUGGAAUCUCGUCUGACUCAGCUGGACGGGCUCAAAGCCAUCGGAGAGAAGGUCUCGGAGAUCUUUGCGAUCUCAGGGUUGGCCUGGAUCCCUGCUGGGGGUUUGCAGGCAGAAAGCCGUUCGAACUGAAGCAGCCUCGGAGGAAGCCAAACGACCGGGGCGGGGAGGGCUCCCUAAUGAAGAAAAAUGGAGCAGAGCCGAGGCCCCGACAGAAGCUGAGCGGGCGGGGCUCCUCUCCCGCUCCUCCCCGCAGCGCCUUCACCCAGAACAAUUCAAUUAGCCGCUGGGAGCCGCUUCUGCCAUCUGCUCUGCCGGUGAAAGAGAGCAAGCCUGCCCCACCAAAGGACGGAGCAGGCAGGGAGCGACGACCCAAAUUGCUGGUGGACUCCCCCAGGAGAGGUGGGGUCGUGAACUAGACGCUCGGCAACCUGAGGUGCCACAAGCCGGGAGCCAGGCAGCCUCAACCCCGGAACGCACGAUCCUACUCCGCGAAGGCAAGCCCCAAAGGUCCGCUGGUUCGCCCCACUUGUUCCCCUCCACAACUGGAUCGCCAAGGACCCCGCGGGGCUUCGGGACCGGCGGCGUUUGCGAGGGGGGAGGCUGGAUGGGACGGGCUUCCGGCAAGUCAGGGCUAGACAGCGGAGAUGAGGGUGGGGGAGCUGCGGCACCCGUGCUCGUGACCUGGCUGGCAGAAGGGCUGCACUGGAAGCCCCAUUCCCCCGUUUCCCACGGAGGGUUGCCAGAGGGGGUCGGCUGAAAUCGAAAGGAAUGCCUGGAGGGGAGGGCUGGAGGAACGGCUAAGCUGACUCAAAACCAAACCCCGCCACCGCCAGCAGGCAGCUCCCUGGUUCUCGUCGUCCCAAAGCAGGAGGCCCAGCGGCGAGGAGAAUCCCCAGGGAAAAGCAGCGGAAGCCUUUCUGGGCAACCCUCCGCCAGAAGGACAGGGGCAGGCGAGGGUCGGCUUCCAAACGCCGGAUUUCCUGAAGAAAAAGUCCGGCACAAGCAGCCGGAGCGGAACUCCUCCCUUCCUGGGAGAGGGAAGACCGCGGCGAAACAAAGCGAGGCCGGACGACGAGCAAGAGAAUUGGGGGGUGGGGAUGGGGGUGGGGUGGGAUGGGAUGGGAUGGGGGCUUCCCUUCAUCUGGAAGGCCCGCACCAACGGCUCGGUUCGCCUGUCCAGACAAUCGACCCGCUCAGAGAGGUUGCAAAGCUAGAAGGCAGGCAAAGUCGCUUGCUCAGUCUGGAUCACGAAAAAAUAGAAAUAGCAAAGCUGAAUAGUCUGAAAUAAUUCGAAUUGUACGGCCAAGGGAAGCGCCCCGUUUCUCUACCCAGAACUGCCGGGGGAGAAUCUGCACAAGCCAGACACAAAGGGAGGCCCGGGCCGCCUCUUCUUCGAGGCGGCUGCCUGGCCUUCCUCGACCUUCAGGGCGCCUGGGGACAGCACAUCAGCAGCCCGGGGUCCUCCGGCCAGGAGUCUUCUUCCGGCUGCGAGGUGGGGGUUGUGGAGCAGGGUCGAGGCCCUCGGAUGCUUAUGGAAGCCCCAGAAGAAGAGCGAGGCAGAGCAGUGUGGAGAGACCACCUGCCAAAAACUAGAGGAGCUCAACGGGGCAAGUGGGGAGGGAGAAGCCUUUAGGCGUCUCUUUGUUCCACAAUGGUUUCGCCCUCAGCAGAAACAAAACGUUCCUCCUUGCAGUCUCCCUGCAAGUAAAUGAUGUUCAUUGAACAGGAAUGAG